AUGUCCAGUCGUGGCCAGAUUUCAGAAUAUGACUCAACAAGGUCAUCACAUGGUGGAGUUAUGGCUUUUCUGCUCCUUCAUGUAUUGCUGCCAUUGGCUUUUCUGCUUCUUCAUGAUAGGACCUUGGUUAUGGUUAUGAUGACCUUGAAAUGUACUUGGGCUGCAAUGGUGAUUCCUUGUGUUGUGCUGUCUUUGUUCGUUCAUCCCACAACCCAGCAUCAUACUAUUAACCAGAUUUUCUGGGCUUUUUGUGUUUAUCUUGAAGCUGUAUCAGUUCUACCUCAAUUGCGAGUCAUGCAGAACACAAAGAUUGUUGAACCAUUCACAGCACACUAUGUUUUUGCCCUUGGAAUUGCAAGGUUCUUGAGUUGUGCACAUUGGGUCCUUCAGGGUUUUGGAAAUGUAGGUUCUUGGGCUGCACAAUUGAUUGAUGAGAAACCUGCUGUUGGGUUACUUCUCUAUAUGAAGUGA